GAGUCGUUCGUGUGCAGUGAUGUACACACCGCGAAAAGCGUCUGGUCGCCCUGGUUACGCGGAAGUCCCGUAUGUUUAACACGACAGCGGUCGUCUGCUAGCGACGUUCGUUUCAUCGCUAUGUAAUUCCCACAGGUGUGAGUUUUCAGCGCGACGCCGUAUCACAUGUGGUUGUUGAUAUCGAAUUCACCAGUGUGUGUUGAACUGGUUUCACAUCCGAACGACAUAGUCAUGAUCCAUCUUCUCUGAGAACGGAAAGACUUAACAAUCCCCUGCUUGACCUGCAAGCUUGGAAAUAUUCUUAAAUACCGUGGAAACGUCUCUAGUGGAAAGUUAUAAUUGGUAUAUUAUUCGGAUGAUCUUGAAUAUUCAUCUUUUAGGAUUUCACUGCCGUUCACAUCUCACCGGAAUAUUCUUUUGAUUUUGUGUGGAUUAUCAUACAUGGGUACAUUGUAAACUUGUUUCCAUCAAUUAAUUGCUAUUGAUAAGUCUGAUUUGACAUUAACAUUUGUGAAACUAACGAAAGUCGUGACUGGUUACCAAACUUAUAGGGAACCAACUUCCAUUCCUUCUUGUUCGUAAUUCUCCAGUACUGUGUGCAUAGUCUGGUUCGAGGUAUAUCAUCUCUAGAGCCGAGGCUAUUGUUACGAAAGUAUGGAGUAACAUAUUGGAUUCAUAUUGGAAAAAAUAUUAAUCAGCAAAGUCUUCAAUAUCACAUUUUGACCCCUUCAACAAAGAUUGACUAUAAUUAACGCGACAUGACGGCCGCUAUUAGCAUGACCAACCCCGCCUCAGCGGGCCCGCUGGGAGUGGCCCAUUAUUACCGUGAGCCACAGGGACUUGAUACUUUAUCAAGGAAAUUUCAGUCAAGUGAACUUUUUACGCCAUUUCAAGUUCCCCAGAGAUCAACAAUAUCAGUUAGCCGAUAUUCACAUUAUCGGGACGCUCUUGACAAGCACCCCCGUGUCCCGUGGGGUACAGCCCGUGAGUAUGGAGGCGAGGGGCCCAUCAACCUACCGGAUGAUCACAGACCGAACAGUGAACCGCCCCCAGCGGUAGAGAAGGGACAUCGUCAUUUUGGAGCAGGAGUGAAUCCGUAUCCGAGAGGGAUCCCCAUCGACCAAUACUACGACCUUACACUGCUCAAGAGAAGUAACAUCAGAUCAAACGAUCAAUUAUUACCAAGGCCAACAGAGGUUGAUAUGACCAAGCUUUCGAUAGACAAGCCAUUCCCUGCCGAACACCCCUACAGUUCUCACAUGUCUCGAUUCGCUAUGUUCCCAAGCUUCGCAUCUACCCCUGACGACUAUAAGACAGGGGAAGCUGCCAGACAGCAGCAGCCUCUUCACCCAGAGAUCCCUGCCAAUCCAAACGAUAUCACCAUCAACUACAAGAGCAAGGGAGCCCGCGAUCGAGUUGAAACCGAACACAUUCCUCUAGACUCACAGAAGAAAGCCCUCUCCUGGCCUGGUGAUACAUUCUUCCAGAACAAGAAAACGCCUACCAGUGGACAGCAGCAGUUCUAUCCAAUCCCCCCGAAGGCGGUCCUCCCAAACCACGCCCCUCGUAAGCUAGACCACACCCUCAACCCACGUACAGCCAACGCCCUUCGAAACGUGGAAAGAUCUCAGUGGACGACGACGUAUAACCGCGCCCAUACCGGCUACGGCCCCGCCAACGCCCUCGCCCUGGAUAACCUCGAAGAUAAACUAGAGAUGGAGAAGAAACUUAGAAUUGAAGAUCAUAGUUUGAAACCUCGGAGCUACCCCACCUUCAUGCCACCACGCCCGCUAGAAGGUCGAAUCUCUCGUCUUAUUGGACCUAAUCAGAUGGUACGAUGUGUGGUCAAAGAUGGAAGGAUCCUCUACGUCCCCUACUACCCCAAGAUUGACAUCGAAAUGGACAAGGUUCGUGAGCAUGAAAACCUACCAACAGAGACAACAGAACAGUUCCAGGAUCCAGCCUUGACGCAGCAAUGGAAACGUCUUCAGGCUGCCCAGCAUCCUGAUGGCCACAUCAGCAAGAUCGAGGAGAAGAAACGUGAGGCGGCCGAGAAUGCAGACCCAGCCAAUACUCUACCAAUCGGCGACAACAGCUACAAACCAGUAGAGAAGGUCAAAGAAUCCACCUACCUACAGGAAAUGGCUGUUAACCGCCGAGCAGAGAUCGAAGAUAUGGCGCAGAAGUCUCGUUGGAAGCAAGCGGAACUCCAAGAGCAUCACCACGACCUGUCUGAACUGAAGAGAAAGGUGGACUACACGACGCCCUCUCUGCAGAAGUCCGUCUAUUAUGACAAUCUGCACAAGAUCUACACCACCAAGCCACCAUUCUACUACGACGGUGAUAAUCCGUAUGAAUAUGACUAUGUAACGCCAUGGGACUAUCACAAGACGUCAGCCAUGACCGAUCAAUAUAAGAUCGAGUCCCAUGUUGCUAAGAUCCGAGAGAAGGUGCAGGAGAAGAUGGACGCGCAGUUCCCUGGUAUUCCCGGGCGCAAUCCCUACGUCAUGCCCAAGUACACGCAAGAACAGCUGAUGAAUGGUCGACCUCGGACUGUUGAAGGUGAGAAGGUUCAGAAGCCUAUUCCUCAAUCUACCUACGUCUACAGCUACACACCGGAGAAUAUGAAGACCAUCGUGACCCCCGAUCAGCCGAGGUUUGAUCUCUGGGACGCCACCCGUCCCCUUCCUCAGAUCUACAACAGCAACACAACCACGUCAUCCUCUGAUGACAAGAUCGGUAGUCCCUCGAAGCAGGUCUCCAUAUCGAACACUGUCAAGGUAGCCAAUGGCGGGAACGAAGAGCCUCUACGGACGCAUGAACAGCAACUGACGAGUCACGAGCAGAUGCUACGGACCAGCACAAAUGCUCCCACCGAACCCGCCGCCCUCAACCCAGGAAGCAAUCCUGUGGUUGAUGCACGCCAUACCAAUCCUGAAGGAAACCGUGAUUGGAGGUUUGACUGGUCACCGGGAUACCCCUUAGGACCAAGACCCCAAACGACACUCCUGAAUCAACAGAACUCUUUCACCAAGACAGGUACCCGCAGGGAAUUCAACAACACGUUUCCAGAGACAAACCCUGAUCUCCGCGAUAACAUCUUUGAUGGAAAGAAACACGAGUUUCAAGGAGAGAAUGCCUUCUCCUGGCACUGAAGGACAAAACCUAACAUUAGGAAAAGUGAAAUAAAAUGAAAGUCAGGGACCUACUCUAGACGAUGAAAGCAUGUUGGCCUGCGAACGGUUCACAAGAUAAAGGCACUUAGAACCUGUAUCCUAGUUGCAGAAGGUUUUAUUAAACUAUGACUCUAGAUCUUGGUUUGUGCCUUACGUGACACGUUGGUUAAUAGGCUUUCUCAAUGUCAUCUGAAUACGAAUACGAAAUGUUAUAACGACUUUUGAAGUGGAUUUUUUUAUAUUUAUAAUAAAAGGCAAAUAAUCAUGAAGUGAGUUGAUGUGAACUUGGUAUAUUUCCACAACUCGGCCUGAGCAGAUAUUACGUAUAGGUUGUGAAUUAUAAUGGUUUGUUAUGAUCAGCCAAAGUAAUUACUAAGUGCUAAAUUCUUAUCAAUUUUGCUACAAUAACCAUAUUUGUAUCCUCUUACUUUUAUUUCCCUCUCUUUCUACCUCAUGUUUCUUUGUAUAUCCUAUAUCAUCAUCAUCUCCCUGUCUGUCUUUCUAGUUCCUAUAAUUUAUAAGAGUAAAUAAAUAUAUUCAAAUCCUAAACACUUAAUCAAUGUAAGACUCUAUGCAAUAGUAAAUAGUAUUAUCUCACCUAUUGAAUUGUAUGAGGUUAUUGUAUAUCUAUCGAGUUCCGUCCACUAUUUUGCAAAUAUUUUCGAGCAGCUUUUUUCACUUUUAAGUGCAUCUUAUACUGUAUACUAUGCAUGUAUUUAUAUUUUAAGUUUAACUGCAAAUAGAUCGUUAAAGUGAUUUCUUGCAUAGUAUACGUUUUUAUGUGUAUUUCAAUUCUUGCAGUCACAUGAUAUCAUUCAUUGAUUAUUUACUUGUAUAUAAAAUGAAAAUAUGAUAUAUAACUAAAGUGAUUAUAGUCCUUAGAUUUUAGUGAUCGGAAAGAAUGAUUACAUUAUAAAAUAUCAUGUUGAUGAUUUUUUUUUGCCAAUGUAAAUUUGAUUUAGAAAUGUUUAAUCAAUAUUAUUGAUGAACAGUGUUUUCCUUCUAUGGCAUUGAUCUAUGGAAUGAUUACUAUAAUUCAUUACAAGUCGUGCCAAUUGUUUGCAAUUAUUGUUUUUUAGAAGCUGAUCAUUGUGCAAUGUCACCUCAAGAUCUCGUUUUCAUGCUUCUUCCGAAAUAUGCAAAGCGCACUUAAAAUCAAAUUGACAUGAAUUAAUAAUCUUACUUACAUUUGAUGUGCUAUAUAUUUCUAUCAAUGUGAUAACAGUAUUUUAAACUAUUGUGUCUUUAGAAACACGAUAAAUUAUUGAAUUGGGUUGUUGUGUGCUGAAUGCAUUAUCUUUUUGUGUGGCCAACAUCGCAUAAAUGUAAACGCAUGCGAGAUUUCAACAAAUUCUAUCAUUUCAUCAUUGGUUAAUUAUGUUCGUGUUUUGGAAAUCUGCUGACAUCAUUAUAUCAUUAAAAUGAUUAAUAACAUGUUUUAACAUGAUUCUAUUGUGUGUGCCAUUUGAUUAAAUCACGAUUUGGUCAAUGAUGUUGAAUAAUACCUCAUUACCGUCACUUUUCAGCAAAGUGAGCCGUGGAGAUACUGAUUUCAUCAUUACAAUUUGAUUUUGAACGAAAAAUCGAACAGACCCUAGCAUAUGAAUCAUUGGAUAAAAUUAAUCGUCAUCUUCUUUUACAUGAAAGAACUAAUAUUAAACGUCACAAACAUCAUCCCCAAACUGAAUGAUUUCACUUCAAAUGGGGCAAAUGGUCUGAAAAAUAAAGUGUCUACAUUAAUAAGCCCUGUAUUAAAUGAUUGAAAGCCCUCUAUGAAAAUCACUGAGAUCUUGCAUAAGAUAUAUUGCAAAUAUAUUCUAAACAAUAUAAAUGAAAAGCGCACUUGAAGCAUACUGUACAUAACAGUAGAGUGUCUAUAAACUGAAAAUUGUAGAAAGUCGACAAACCAACUGUUAGAGUACACAAUGCAAAAUUCCAUUUUAUGUCCUUGUAUUUGCGUUUAAGGUACUGCUUCAUGAUACUCGUUGAAAUACAUAUUUUACUGUGAAAAGGUAAUUAAUUCGUAACGUUUGAUUCACCGAAGGUAUUUUUUUAUUCAAAUGCAAGACAUGUUUUAUAACACGCAGCCCAGGUCGAGGCUUUUAAGUAUCCCAUGGUACUAUUUGCUAGGUAUAUCAUCUGUAAAUGUUUAUCACUUUCUGUACUGCAUGCACGACUACACAAAUUCACUUCCUUUGAUUAUGGGAUUUCAAUAAUGUUUAAUCUUGUACAUGAUCUUAUGCAAUAUCUUGUUUUCCUGCACCGAUUUGAGCUGCAUUAAAAUAUAUCAUUGAACGA